AGUGUUACUUCCGGCGCGGAGCUGUUGGUUGGGCGGUGCAGUUGGCCGGCGAGGGGACUGGACCAGCAGUGGCCAAGCCUGGCUGAGACCGCGGCCCCCGGAACGUGCCCAAUCGGCGUCUCGGCCUCGGCGGAAGGUGCAGCCGCCGCAAUGCCGUUCCUGCACGGCUUCCGGAGGAUUAUCUUCGAGUACCAGCCGCUAGUGGAUGCGAUUCUGGGCUCCUUGGGCAUCCAGGACCCCGAGCGGCAGGAGCCCCUGGACGGGCCCAGUUAUGUCGCCAGCGAGGAGAGCCGGAUCCUUGUUCUCACUGAGCUGCUGGAGAGAAAAGCCCACUCUCCAUUUUACCAGGAAGGCGUGAGCAACGCCCUGCUGAAGAUGGCUGAGCUGGGACUGACGCGUGCAGCUGACGUUCUCCUGCGGAAUGGGGCCAACCUCAACUUCGAAGACCCGGUCACCUACUACACGGCCCUGCACAUCGCCGUCCUGCGAAACCAGCCUGACAUGGUGGAGCUGCUGGUGCGCCACGGGGCCGACAUUAACCGCAGGGACCGGAUCCACGAGAGCAGCCCCUUGGACCUGGCCAGCGAGGAGCCGGAGCGCCUGCCCUGCCUGCAGCGCCUCCUGGACCUUGGAGCAGAUGUCAACGCGGCCGACAAGCAUGGAAAGACUGCUCUGCUCCAUGCUCUGGCCAGCAGUGACGGGGUGCAAAUCCACAACACUGAGAACAUCCGCCUCUUGCUGGAAGGAGGGGCGGAUGUCAAGGCUACCACCAAAGACGGGGACACCGUGUUCACCUGCAUCAUCUUUCUGCUGGGUGAGACGGUGGGAGGUGACAAAGAGGAGGCCCAGUUGAUCAACCGCUUCUGCUUCCAAGUAACGCAGCUGCUGCUGGCUCACGGCGCCGACCCCAGCGAGUGCCCGGCCCACGAGUCCCUCACGCACAUCUGCCUCAAGAGCUUUAAGCUGCACUUCCCCCUCCUGCGCUUCCUGCUGGAGUCCGGGGCCGCCUAUAACUGUUCCCUCCACGGCGCGUCCUGCUGGUCCGGCUUCCACAUCAUCUUCGAGAGGCUCUGCUCCCACCCAGGCUGCGCGGAGGACGAGAGUCACGUGGACCUGCUGCGCAAAGCUGAGACCGUCCUGGAUCUCAUGGUGACUAAUUCCCACAAACUCCAGCUGCCUGAAAACUUCGAUAUCCAUCCCGUGGGCAGCCUGGCAGACAAGAUCCAGGCCCUUCACUUCUCCUUGAGGCAGCUGGAGAGCUACCCCCCACCCCUCAAGCACCUGUGUCGCGUUUACAUCCGGCUCUACCUUCAGCCGUGGCCUGUGGACACGAAGGUCAAGGCCCUACCUCUGCCCGACAGGCUCAAGUGGUACCUCCUCAGUGAGCACAGUGGCACCGUCGAAGACGACAUCUGACAGCCGCGACUGCAGGGAACAGGGUCUGGGCAGCUCAACCUGUUGGUGGAUUUAAGUACCUGUGGCGGCCUUAGGGGAGAACCUUCAGCCCCGUCUGUCAGAAGGUGCAUGUUGGAGGUGAGACUGGAUCCUUACUGAGGACAGAGAAAGCCAGGUGGAACCCGGCAGCUGCAAGCACCCCAGUGGGGAAAGGCUUCCGUCUUCAAGGCAGACCGCCCCCGCUUCCCUCUGGCAGCACCCCCAAGUCUCACCCCACAGUGGAACAAGGGACAGGGUUUAGACUUGGGACACGUUUGUACCCUCUCAGUCUGAGGGAAGCGCCAGGCAUUUAGAGAAGCAGGGUAGCUCCGAGACCGGGCCCUCCUGCGGGCUGCAGGAAGCUGGCCUGUUCUGCGUGGAGACGCGGCUGAGGCCGGAGCAGGCGGGAGGGGCCCGCGGGGUGCAGCCCAGCCGAGACCCUGUACACGCGCCUCCGCUCCAGAGUCCGUCAGAAAGCAAGUGCUUCUGGGCAGGCAGGGAGGAAGCUGAGCUGCCUCCUGCGGCGUCUGCAGCUCUGGGCCCAGGUCGCCCCCCAGGGUGCAGGGCUCUGCUCUGGUGGCAGCUGUUUGUGCCAAACCUGGGGUUCUGGGGACCAUGCCUUCUACAAAGCAAUCAUGCAUGGCCAGGGGCUGUCCUUCCAAAGUGUCUCGCUUUGUGCGGGAUCAUCUGAUGGAGGAAGCCACCGAGGCUGAAAGCCAGCCUCCGCCCUGGGCUGAGCCCUCAGCAGGCUGUCUGCAAGUCACACGAGGUGGUCACUGUGAAUUGUGUAAAUGCCUGGGAGAUGAGCUGAGACAACCCAAUGAUAUAUUAUAAAAUUAAACUGAUUUCCCUUGGCCUUAAAGGUCCUUGUAUAACAUUUCUGCCCCGCCCCCCCCCCUUUCCCGAGUUCAGGGUAAAGGGUCCACGGCAGCCGAAGAAGAGGCGGCAGAGGCACGAGGAGAUGCCCCGCUCAGGAGAGCAGCUUUCAAGCAGCACAGCACUGUUGUCCCAGUAAAGAAAAGCACCACUCCACACUGGCGAAGGCCUUUCCAGUACAGGGGUUCACCCUUUUAUUUUUGACUGAAAAUGCCCCCUAAGGAGGAGCCACAAGGCACAGCCGAGAGGGAAGCUCCAGGCCUCUCCCCUCCGUGCAGGCUGUGGUGACGAUCACGUUAAGGGCCCCAGGGCCCCAUCUCCCAAUAGCACCCGGAACGUGGACAUCCCAUCAACUGCACCGCUCGGCAGGCACCACGUAGGCCCAGCGCAGGCAGGAGGGUGCUGAGGGCCGCAGGCUCCACGGGCCCAGCUCCGCUCCCCUCCCCUCUGGAGGUGUAAGGUCCUCGGCAACCGCUUUAGUGGUUACUCUCUUCCUCUUACGCCAGCCAGGCCUGUGGCAGGAAGGCCAGGUGCUGUUACUGGAGAGCAGGGAGUCUCACUUCUGAUGGGACCGCCGGAUUCCCACGAGGCGAGCAUCGGAGGCCCAGGGGUCGCAUGGGUCCACAGGGCCCAGUCCCCGCCGCUCACUCGGGCCUCGCUGCCCCAUUCAGUGGCACCCCUCCCGACUGGGUCCCCUUAUGCCUUUUUAAUAAGAGUCUGUAUAGUGAGUGGACGGCAGACAGGUAUAUUUCGCGGCCCCGCUCAGCACCCCCGAACCAUCGAGGUUGAGCGUGUGGACCGCGUGCAGCUGCCAGUCCUCCCCCACCCACACUGGUCCCUCUCUCCUGCCAGCCCCGCUCAUCUCAGGGCUAAGCUGUACACGUGGUAGAUCUCGUCCGGAAGGUUCUCCUGCCGCUCCUGGGCCAGGAGGCUGAGGCCCGCGCUGCGGACGAUCCUGUGGACCACGUCGAGGUCCCGGCACACGCUGCUGUCCACAUCAUCCAGGAUCACGCCCUCCUGGGCCAUGUUGUCUUUGAUGACGAUGAUGCCGUUGGGGCGGAGGCCCCGCUUGCAGCGCCGCAGGAACUCGGCCAGGUGCUGAUCGGUCAGGUGGCCUGGGGGAGGCAGAGGCCGUCACGAGGGAAGGAUGCCAGCCCCUCCAUGCCACUGCGUGUCCACUUGCUGAGCACUUACUCAGUGCUGAACACACAGGGCCACUGGCUUUCAACAGCCCGGAGGGGUUUACCAAAGCCCAUUUUAAGAGGAAACGGGCUCAAAAGUCACCUACCCAAGGGCAAUCACAACGUAUGCUGCUGGGAUUUCACCCUGACUGGGUGACUUCCAGGCCGUGCCCAACACCUACACUCCACCCGCCCCUCCUAGGCCUGGAUCAGCGGAGUGUACCAAACAGAGUUCCUUCCCUACAUCACAACUCCUAACAGGCUUUUGAGGACCACAAAAUACAGGGCAAAUCCAGCGUGUUCCCAGCAGCCUGGGCCGCCCACCUGGAGGAGGUGGCCUGCUGCUAGGUGGGCAGCCUGAGGAGAGCACCCUGGGUACGCCUUCAGGCCAAGUGGGUGCAGGACCGGGUGGUAAAACGGCUCGCUCACCGCGAACGGCAGAGGGGCGGCCAGGGCUCCAACUCUUCCUCUUACUGAAAGCCCUUAUGAAAACUCAUUUCCACAUUCUUUGAAUGCAGUAAGUUACUGAUAAUUAAAACUUCUCAACAACAAAAUCUGUCCCCAAAUGGGUCACAGCAGGUAUUGAGUUGAAACAAAACAUGGCAGCAAGUGAACCUUGUAGGUGGAGUCCUGGCGAGUGCAGGGAGGAUUCGAGGAAUGCCCGCUGGCCGCCCUCUGCAGCAGCGCCAGAGCCUCAGCUCCCACGGCCUUGGGAAGCCCAGCCUCUGCGGUGAGAGACGUGCAGGCAGGCGGAGAAGGGGCGCGGGAUGCUCACCUAUCACCCACUGGAUCCAGAUGACGUCGUAAGAGUGCGGCUCCGGGCUGAAGUCCUGGAGGCCGCAGCAGAAGAAGUUCCUCACUCUCUUGCCUUCCUCACCCAGGUAGGUCUUGGCCUUGACCAGAAAGUCCUCCGUCACGUCCACCAUGUCCACCACUCCGAAGAGAGGCAAGAGCAGCCUCUUGGUGAUCCUUCCGAUGCCGGCUCCGCAGUCCAGGGCGUACGAGGUUCCCGUCUUGUUUGGGCCUUCCUGAAAGAGCAGAGAAGGCACAGACUAUAAGGAAGGGUUAGAAAGCCACAGGGACCCUGUCACUGCGAAGGGGCCUUUCCUCACGAGCCCCUGGAACUACUCAGAUCAGGCCUGGGCACAGGCCGGCAGCUGGCACCGGUGGGGCCAGCAGUGGGCGUAAGCACAGCACAGCCUUUUCCUGGGCCACAUGUUUCUAACGUGAAAGCCAACCUCCACUUAAAGGUGUUAAGUAGGUGCGUUCAUCUCCUGUCACUCCUGAGACCCCAUUAAAAGGACAGCAGCAGAGAGAGAAUAAAGAAUUCAAGCAGUAAAAGGAUGGAAGAGGGCACUCAGUGAACAAAUCUGGGAAGAUGGAACGUGGGUGGAGCAGGGGGCAGGCAGCAGCCUCGGUGUUUGCCGAGGGACAGGCAGGGAGGCUCUGGCCACGGCGAUGCCAGCCUGGCACAGAGGAGGGUGGUGGGGCGAGGAACGAGAAGCCUGUGCUGGCCGAACGGCCAACACCCACAGCCCAGAUGCUUGCAAACACGGCAGGAGAGCAAAGGUUUUGCCUCUGGAAAAAUAGAACAGUUUGUGAGGAGCCUGCUCCGUUCCGGCACCGAGAGGCCCCAGCGUAACAGCUGCCUCCUGUCGGGUGACCUUGGGGCAAAGCCUGUGAGUCACCCCGCCCCACCCGCUCUUCAAGGCCUGGGUCGUGGACACAAUGAGGUGACCCUGUGGCGGCGAGUGGGAAGGUGGCGCCCCACGCAGAGCAGGCAGUGCCACCGGCGCCACCGCCUCUCCUCCUGGAGAGCACAGCAGCCCUGCCUACCCUCAGAAACCUCUGCAGGAACUUCCGGGAGCUGGUGAUGUCGAUGCUGGAGAUGUGGCCAUACCCCCCGAGCAUGCCGUCCACGGUGGCCGGGACCUCCUUCCAGUACGUCUUGGCCUUGGAAUAGAAUUGUUUCUCGUCCUCUAUCACCUCGCUCGUCAUGCUGUCACCAGCCACGUCUUUGCUCAGGCACCAGACUCAGCAGCGGUGUCCCUGAAUAAAAAAAGGAGGGAAGCAGCCAGGUUGAGGGCCCUGGGCUCCCCGCAUGCUUCUGCUGGUCACACGAUCCUGCCUGACGCAGAGGAGUGGCCAGUGUCCCCCAACCUGCUUCUACCCAUUAGAGGGCAUUGCCCCCCGUCUCUUGCAUUCAAGUCAUUUUGCAAAGCUAUCUUCAUGUCAGAGCAGGACACCCAGAGUCCUGGCUUCUAGUUCUUUCCUUACCCUACAUGACACCUGACUCAGUGGCUUCUGAACCCAAGGUACGGAGAACCCCGAUCUACACUUAAGAGAAAUGAAAACAAAGCAAGGAACCCAAGCCUCCUAUAGCAGACAUUCCGGGUGAUCCCAGCAGGGCCCGAGGGGCCCCACGCCUCCCUUCCUCCGUCGCGAGCGCAGAAAUAAGCUCACUGCGGGGUCCAGUCCACGGUUACCCAUGAGCCUGACUCUGUGCCAGGUGCUGUCUGUGAACAGGGAGACGGCCAGGCGGAUACACGAUCAGGCAUGUGUGAGGGCUGCGGAGAGGUACAAGGUGCUGGCAGAGCACAGGUGUCAGGAGAAGCGACACACCAGCUAACAUCAAGGAUGAGGAAGCGUUCGCUCAGCAACCAGGAAGACAGGCGCGUGCGUUGCCCUUCCAACGGGAAACUCGGGGUCCUAAGGGUCAUGUUUACUAGUUCCGACUUCACACCAAAGAACAGCGAGCCGGAACUACUCUAGGUUAAGCAGGGAGUGGCCUGAGAUGUGUGCUUCUGGAAGGCUGCGUUGGCAGCCGCGUGGGCUACAGGGGAGAGUGAAAGCAGACGGCCGGGCCCUGAUGGCAGAGCGGAGGCCCACCGCCAGCGCCACAUUCAGCCAGCUGGGCCACGCCACGUAGGGGGUGGAGGGUCACACCUCUCCCGAGGCACCGCGCUCAUCUACAGAUGCUUGCCGAGCGCAGGGCCGUUCCAGCCGCCGUGAGGCUUGUCCAGAUAAGGUUCAACACCCAGAGGCUUACAGCAGGGGAGACAGGGAAGAAAUGGAGCCAAUGAGAACACGAGGCAGAAACGAGGACUCUCGUUGAGCCACAAAGUGCUAUGGGAACUCGAGGGGUAGAGGAGUCCCUUCCGAAUGGCGGGCGGGGCAGCAGCCAGGAGAAGGCCGGGCCCGGAGGACGAGGAAUGCUCUGGAAGGGCACAGGGACAGAGCAGAGGUGGCAUGGCACGCGUGCCACACAGAGGGCUGGGGACGGCCGGGCUGGCUGCGGUGUGGACAGAGAAAAGAGUGUGGGAGGUGAGCCCGUCCUGGCAGACGGGGCCUGGAGUACAGCGCCCUGAGUGCAGCCUGGGGCCAUGGGCCCAGUCUGUCAACAACGGGAAACUGAUCAGCUGAGUUUCUGAAGGGCAGGGGUGUGCGGGGACCCAGCCUGCGGGGGCUGAGUGGCGACGGUGCAGGAACGGUGGUGCCGUGCCAGGAGACAGAACGGGGGUAGCAGCCACCCAUCCUCUGCCCACACGCAUUGCGCACUCUUCGCUGGCCACUGGACCCUCACGACUCACUGCGACGCAGUCACCCCACGGGCCCCAUGUAGAGGAGGGAGGCGAUGCACACGGUGGCAUCCUACCCAAGGUCAAGGGGCCCGUGCGUUUGCCGAGCCCUGGGCCUUCCCCCGUGAGCAGCUGAUUUUCAACACAGGGUUUCACUUACGUGUCACCUCAAAGAGGCCUUCCCUGGCCAGUCUAAGGUGCCUUCCUCCAACACGCUUACUCGAUGCCCGUGGUUCCUGCCUUCGGAGUGCGUAUUUCUAGCUGAAAUGACAGUUUACUGACCAUCUGGCCUCCACUAGAAUGGAAGCCCCCGAGGUAGGACCUUGCCUUUUCACCACUGCGUCCCGGCACCGAGCCACAGGAGUCCCUCAGUGCAGGGGUGAAAGCCCCCAGUCCCCCAGGAAAGCUGUGCAAGUCUGUGCUCCCGGGGGCUCACUCCGCCCCCUUUACAGUACUCCACGGGGCUGUAGUUAAGUCACUGACCUCCCGGUAUGGUCCUCAAAACCAGCUGAAACCCCCGUAAGACCGAGAAGUGCUUUAAGAGCUUCAAGAGAAGUAACAGAAAAGCACCCUGAGGACAAGCACGGGCCUUCGACACACAACUGAGGGCCCAGAAGCAGCGAAGGGGAGCAAAACAAGAAACGCUGAGGAUCUGCACUGCCAUGUCUGUAGCUAGCCUCCGACAUACACCUGCACUCUGAACUUGUCCUGGAAGACAAGGAACCUUCCAGAAGCAGCAGGACCACCCCAGCCAAACAACUCAGAAAUGCUGCUCCCUGACGCAAUUCCACUUCUGCCACGGCCAGCCCUUUCUGGAGACGCCAGCCAGCCAGUGGGGGCACCAGGAGAGGGCCUGGCCUGGCUACUGGGAACAGAUGGGAAGGGGGCCGCCGCCUCGUCCCCGGACCCAGCUCCUUCUGUGGACCCGGGCGUUCCCCGGGGACAGGGGUCACACGCGGGCCUUCUGCGGAACAGGAGGGAGCCGACAGCAUCCACAGGCCCCACCAGGGUCGCCCUUAGACCUGGGCUUUGCCACUGUUUCCACCCUCCAUAGACCCCUUCCACUGUGCCCCCAGAGACCCCUGGCUCCCCCCCCCCUUCAGGUUCUCGAAUCAGCUCUCAGACGGAUCCCCUCCCUUCCCUGUUCAGGUACAGGGCUUGGGACUCCAAUGAGGACGGUUCCAGUUACGGCACCAACCCAAGAGCCCUUUGGGGUGACAGGCUGGGGGGCCUCAGUUCUAAAUACUGCCCCCAGCCCUGGCUCACGGCAGCGUCCCACACCCGCGCCCCAGCCCACAGGAGGAAGCGGCGCGCUGCUUGUGAGAAUGACCUCUCGUUCCAGCCUCGAGGAACGUGACAAGCAAAAGCACGUGGAGACCUGCCAGUCCCCAAGAAUGCAGAUGUGGCACAGUAAGUGUCACCGUAGCUCCCUGAGAACUGACAGGAGAGGGAGCCAGCAGCUUGAAUGUUACCAUCCACCUUCCUGGGUUUGGGGGCUGCUUAUGUGGACGCGGUCUGAAAGGCCAAGUGGGCUCCCAGCCCCCGCCGACAGGCACCACGGCAACUCUUUCCCAGCCCCUCCGCUGUCACCAGGAAGGACAGCACCAAAGCCGGCCAUGCAGCCGUGCUCCCACUCGGACGAGCUGAGCGAGUCCGGCCCUGUCCCCCUCAGGAAGGACAGCACCAGAGCCGGCCACGCAGCAGUGCUCCCACUCGGGCGAGCUCAGCGAGUCCGGCCCCGUCCCCCUCACACGAACUGCUGGCUUUGUAUUUGCGUCUAUCACCCCACUGGACUGGGAACUCCUUAGAAAGCAGUGGCGACACCCUGAGAUGUAUCACUGUAUUUCUCCUGCGUCUCAUGUAGCUCAUAGGUAUUCAACAAAGUUCCCUUCCGAUCAGAUGAACAGAAUAAAUCCGGGGCCAGACGCUUCCCUGGCUGUACUCUCUCUGCCUAUCUGUCUGCCUUCCCUCCCAGGAGGCCCAGGGACGCUAAGUCUACACCAUUAGCCUAACACCUGCUGCGAGGUGGGUGUUUACUAACUGGUUUUGCUGAAUGAAUCGCAGAAGGACCUUUGUGCGGCCGGUCAUUCUCCACUUUUAAGAAAAUCCUGCAGACAAGAAUCGAAUCAUUCAAACCUGGUAUCACUGAAGCCCUUUACUGACGAUACAAUUUUUUGCUUUACCAAAAGCCUUACAACAUGAUUCCUUUAAAUGUCAAGGUCCCCCGAAUAAUCCAAUUUACAAGAAUUCCACUUACGGGUACAUUCUAGGAACAAGCCAGGGGAGGCACAUCUAGGCCGGGAAAUGGCAAGCAUAACUCUGACAUUUGUCCUAACAGCUUGGAUUCAUUAGUAAACAUGACUUCUGGGGCCCUGUCUACACUUUGCCUCCCAGAGUCCAGACUGAGGUGGGCAGGAGGUCCCUAGGAGUCAGAGGGAACGGCGGGGCUGUCAGUCAACCCGCAGGAGGUCCUCCUGCACUCUGCCCUGCUGGGAUCACAGCAAGGAAGGAGCCACAUGGCCGCAGGGACAGGGGAGGGGCUUGGGCGGUCUGGCUUCCUGCACUCUGGGCUAGCUUGGAGGGGAAGUGAGACCCUUUGCUCCUAGGGAACUUCUGCUCCUCAGCAAGUGGAAUGUGUCUGUGAAUCCUUCAUGAUCAUCUGGCCACCUACCCACGCCCCCCUCCAAGAUGUUCAGGGCCACCCCGGCCAGCCACCCCAGCUAUUACUCUGUUCCCAGGAUCCAUGGAAGAGAAUGGGGUUGGAACUGUCACCGCCAGGCUCUGCAGGCUCAUCUCGUCCUCAUUUACGAGUCUCUAAGGAAAAGCCUGGAAGCAUCGGGAGGCACGAGCCUGCUUGAUGUUACCUCUUCCUUCCCACACCCUCGUGGACAGGGCCUGUUCUCCCUGGCUCUGUGUGGACAGCCGUUGGACUUCUGAGAAUGGCAGGGUGUUCUAUGAAAAAGGAAGGGAGGGAGGG